UUACACCCUUUUUUCUGCAAAGAUGCUCAGAAUGUUGCUACUUUUUCUUACAUUUACAAGUGUUUUGUCUUGUAAGGUUGGAGAUGAGUCCUUCCUUUAUAAUGUUGAAUCGAAUCCUGGAGGAAAGUGGUUCCUCAGUACUCUUAGCCCAGCAACUUGCUCUGGAUCAUUUGACGAUUAUAACAUCUCUUUUCCUACUAGUGGCUUAAACAGUGGCUCAACUUAUAAUGUCACUUUGGCUAUAUGGAAGAAAGUUGGUUCAAAUACCUAUGAAAAGGACUCUGCUACAAUACAACACUAUACUUAUACCCACAGCAAUAAUCGACGUAAAAAAAGAGCUACAUUAGAUACAACUCCAUUUAGUCCAGCAGUUGGUAUACGCAAAGGAAGCCUCAUUGGGGCAUACCUAUAUACCAAUGCUAAUGCACUACCUAUCAUUGGGAGAAGAAGAUAUAGCUGGUUCUUUAUAGGUGCUUGUGUUUCAGAAAGCCCAGCUGCAACCACUACACUAACUUGUAAUUCAGGAAACUUUAUUGAAAGGAAUGUAUUACAUGCUGAAGCUGAUGUUGUUGUAGUUGACUGUGGUACUCCACCAUCAGUUCUUAAUGCUUCACACUCUCAAUUGGAUGGUGAUACACAGUAUGGAGCUAGAGUUCAAUACAAUUGUAGUACUGGAUUUAAUAUUAAUGGAAAUGAUACUAUAUCAUGUCUACUGAAUGCAUCAUGGUCUUUACCAACUCCAUCCUGUUACUGUAGUAAUCCUGGUGAACCAGCUAAUGGAUAUACUAAUGAUAAUGUAUUCACUUAUCAGUCUACAGUACAGUAUCAUUGUAAUGAAGGAUAUCAACUAUCAGGUGACUCAUCUAUUGAAUGUACAGCUAAUGGUAAUUGGAACAAUACACUACCAAACUGUGUGAUAAUUAAUUGUACUGAUCCUGGUACACCCACCAAUGGAACUAGAAAUGGAAUGGAUAUCUAUUACAAUUCAACAGUUUCUUACAGUUGCAAUACUGGAUACAAUUUAACAGGAGCUGCCUCUAUUACUUGCUUAGCUACUGGCCUGUGGAGUGCACCAGUACCUUCCUGUCCUCCAGUUAAUUGUGGUGAUCCUGGUAUACCCACCAAUGGGAACAAGAGCAGCAGUGUGUAUACUUAUAACUCAGUUGUCUUUUUCCAGUGUAGUUCUGGUUACUUUUUAUCUGGACCAGUCUCUCUCAUUUGUCUCCUCAAUGGUUCAUGGAAUGAUACAGCACCUACCUGUAAUCCAGUUAAUUGUGGUGAUCCUGGUACUCCUACCAAUGGAACUAGAAAUGGAACAGUUUUUACUUUCAAUUCUACAGUAUUGUACUUAUGUGAUACUGGAUAUACUAUAACAGGAGCCACCUCUCUCACUUGUCUAUCCAAUGGUUUAUGGGAUGCAUCAGUUCCUUCAUGUGAUAUUGUUAAUUGUAGUGAUCCAGGUGAACCUACUAAUGGGAUGCUUCAAGGAGGAACUUUUACGUACAAUUCAGUAGUAACUUACAAUUGUUCUGUUGGGUAUAAUUUAACAGGAGCCACCUCACUCACUUGUUUAGCUGAUGGUUCAUGGAGUGCAUCAGUACCUUCCUGUCCUCCAGUUAAUUGUGGUGAUCCUGGUACACCUAUUAAUGGCAGCAAGAGCAGUAGUGUAUAUACUUAUAGCUCAGUAGUGUCUUAUCAGUGUAUUAGUGAAUACUCUAUAUCAGGAGCUGACACUCUGUCAUGCUUAUCUACCGGUUUAUGGAAUGGUUCAGCUCCUUAUUGCUAUCCUGAUUGUAUUGAUCCUGGUAAUCCCUCUAAUGGACAAAGAACUGGUGACACUUUUAACUACAAUUCAGUUUUAUCAUACACUUGUAACACUGGGUACAAUCUAACAGGAGAAAGCUCAAUUACCUGCCUAUCUAAUGGUACAUGGAGUAAUAUGAUGCCUUCUUGUAUUAUAGUCAACUGUAGUGAUCCAGGUACACCCACUAAUGGAGAAGGUUUGGGGAUAUAUUCGCAUAUGGAGCUGAGGUGGUUUAUAGCUGUAAUGAUGAUUUUAUUAGUAUCAAAAUCAAGAAGAAAGUCUCGUAAACUGAAUGUUCCUGCUACUACAAAUCUUACAAGUCCAAUACUUUUUUCGAAUUUAUAUAAUUCAAUGUCAAAGGAUUCAAAAGCUGCUCCAUCUGAAGAACAUCCAGUUCCAGACUAUGAUGAUCCUGCUUUAACUUUGAAGCAUGAGACAACACCACAGACUUUUACUAAUCUACUGUACUCUGAAUUAGAAGCUUUGAAAACUGAGGACGACAACAAGUAUCCAACUGAGGAUUAUGACAAUGAGAAUAUUGCCAAUGUGGUCCUACCUCCUCCAAUUUAUUUAGAUGUUGAUGAUGACACUAAAGGUGUAGCCAAUUCAUUGUAUUUCAUACAAGAAGAGGCCGAGGAAAAAGAUGAAGGGGGAGCUGGGGCUGUAUAUUUUACACUUGAUGAAGAUGCUGCAACUGAAAGUGGUGAUAAGAAAGAUUUGCCUGUUUACUUUACAUUAGAAAAUGAACGUAAAACUGUACCAAAAUUUAAUGCCCGCAAACUUGCUAAAAGGAACACCAUUGCUUUUGUUCAACCUGGAGAAAGUGAAGAUGAAAUUUAUGGUCAAAUUGAGCGUUCAUCAAAUCCUAUGAUUCAUAGAGACAGUUUGAUGUAUGUGUAUCAAAGCUAA